AUCACGGCUGGACACACCUGAUGAAAUGCUGUCCAUCCCAGAUCACAUGCCUAUCCAGGACGGUACCAGCUCAAAUUCCCAUGACCAACUCACACCCAACUCUGUGAACACUGUCUUCAGCCUGGCCCACCACGAGUCAUUUUGGACCCCUCAACCGUCAUCAGGAAACUGCGAAUAUUACUGGCAUGCGAUUCUCCUCAUGACCUCCGGGGGCAGCGUACUGAUCUGCGGGAUGGUUUUGAGUGGACUGUACUUCGCUGGGGUUUCCAUGAUGGCCACCAACAUUCUCGGCCCCGCCCUGCUGUCUAUCGGUCUGAUGGUGCUUGUAGUGGGCGUGGUUUUGGUGCCCAUCACUCGGGAAAUGAGGCAUCAGAAUGCUACGAUGCGGAAAUGUAGCUUUUACAAGCCUCCGUUAAACCCGUGAGACAGUACAAUUGAAAUACAUUGAAAAAUGAAUGGGAGAAAUUGUAACUUUAUGUCUCUACAAAAGGAAGUCCAGCUGAUAUCCCCGAUGAAGUUCUUGCAUCCCAAUGCGCAU